AUUUUCAGUUUCAGUCAUUUUUUACAGGCAGAAUUGAAACCUCAAAACUCUGGCGAUGGAGGAGGCUGAGUCAUACCCACCAAUCGAUCCCUCCAAUUUCGAUCUCAUCGUAAUCGGCACCGGCCUCCCCGAAUCCAUCGUCGCCUCCGCCGCUUCCGCCGCCGGAAAAACCGUCCUCCACCUCGAUUCCAAUCCAUUCUACGGUUCCCACUCCGCCUCCCUACCCCUAAACGACUUCAUCCCCUUUAUCCAAUCCGAAUCCCAACCCCAAUCCCGAAACCUAACCUCCGAUGAUUAUGUUUCUACCCCUGUUGCGACUCGCCCCCUUUAUUCCGCCGUCGAAACCAACUCCUACUCCUCCGAACCCACAGAAAAUUCCAGAAAAUUCAACCUCGAUUUGGCCGGUCCACGUGUGUUGCUCUGCUCCGACUCGAUGAUCGAUUUGAUUCUCAAGACGGGGAUUAAUCAGUACAUGGAGUUCAAGAGUGUUGACGCCAGCUUUAUCAGCAGCGCGGAUGGCGGAUUGGAGAAUGUGCCCGAUUCGAGGAGCGCCAUCUUUAAGAAUCGGGGUUUGUCGUUAACCGAGAAGAAUCAGUUAAUGAAGUUCUUCAAGCUCGUGCAGCGGCAUUUGGGCGACGAUGAAACCGAGGAUGAUAAGAUCUCUGAUCAGGAUUUGGAGAGUCCUUUCGUGGAGUUCUUGACCAAAAUCGGAUUGUCGCAGAAGCUAAAAUCGAUUAUUUUGUACACGAUAGUGCUGGCUGAUUACGAUCAGGAAAACUUGGAAGCUUGUAAAGAUGUAAUCAGCACUAAAAGUGGGAUAAGCCGUUUGGCACUUUACCACUCGUCCAUUGGCAGGUUUCCUAAUGCAAAUGGGGCGAUAAUUUACCCCAUUUACGGUCAAGGGGAACUUCCUCAAGCCUUUUGUCGCCGUGCUGCAGUCAAGGGGUGCAUUUAUGUUUUGCGAAUGCCAGUAGUUGCAAUACUCAACGAUAAGGACAGUGGUGAGUAUAAGGGCAUCAAGUUAGUUUCUGGUCAGGAGUUGUUCAGCCCUAAGCUGAUUAUUGCUCCCUCUUUCACAAUUCCAUCAACUCCGAAUCACGAUGCACAGGUGGCAAAUUCUGAUGAUGUCAGCCUAUCAGAUACAAAGAAGGUUGCUCGAGGAAUAUGCAUUACAAAGCAUUCCCUCAACACACAAGUUGCUAACUGCCUUGUGUUCUUCCCUCCCAGAUCUUUGUACCUAGAACAAAGUACGUCAGUCCGUGUACUCCAAUUGAGUAGCAAUGUCGCUGUUUGUCCCUCUGGGAUGUUCGUGACUUACCUAUCAGCAAUGUGUGAUGAUAAUGUACAAGGAAAGAAAUUACUAAAUGCAGCCAUAAAUGCACUGUUCUCUGUGCCUAUUUCUGGUAACUCCGAAAAUAGUGGGGCGUCUAAUUUAAGUGAGCACGCCGAAGAAAAGCCGUGUUUGCUUUGGAGCACCUUGUAUAUUCAAGAACUGACUACGUUUCAGGGUGGGUUAGACUCCAUCAGCAAAACGCCUAUGCCAGAUGAGCAUCUACACUAUACCGAUCUCUUAGAUGCAACAGAGAAGAUAUUUAAGGAGAUUUAUCCUAAUGAAGAAUUCUUCCCAUCGAUAAAUGUAUCUAAUGACGAUGAGGGUGGUGGUUCUGAGCUGGACUCGUAGACAAAAUACUCUUAUCACUGCUGUUUUUGACCAAAUCAAGAAUGAAACAAUUAACAAGGUUAUGAAGAUUGUUAGCCUCUUCUUUGCAGCAUAUCGACGAGGUAAUAUUCAAGUUUCUAGAAUUUGUGGAAGUUCGUUUUUUUGAUAAGUUUAUCGACAGUUGUGUAGAUGAAGUUGACCAUGUAUUUAUUUAUAAAGAAACAAAAGUGGAAAAGAAAUGUGAUGAUAUUGUUACUUUAAUCUAGAUUAGAUGACUGUAUGCAUAUCUAUUGUAUUCUAAGAGAUGUUUCAAUUUCUGACUUUUUUUUUUAAUCAUGUCCUAAAACUGGAUUCUUCA